UGGUAAAUCAAGAUGGAAAUUGAUUAUUUCCAUUAAUUGAUUAACUUUUCAUUUGACUUUUCAGUUGAUUCCAACAUUUAGUUAGGUACCAAAAGAAAAGUGACCUUAGUUUAUUUUCCUUGAUAAAUGUUAACUAAUUAUGCAAAAAUGAUGACAAUUAAUCAAUUGGUAAUUAUGUUGAUUGUUUAUUUGAAUUUUAAUUGUGUAUCUUGUGGUUAUUUAACAUCGAGAGGAUCGUUAAAGGAUCCGCUUGAAAAAUUGUUUCGACCUAAAAGGUUCAAUGGGACAGUUUUGCUUCUUGAUCGGGGAAGGUCAACUUUACGUGGCCGUUACACCUCACCGAGGUUGGUGAAGGUUGAAUUAGAUAAAUCUCUUGAAAAUUUGCCUCUUGAACAAUAUGGAUUAGAUAGUCUUCCAAUUUGGUCGAAGCCGAUCCUGGGUUGUUACCAGUACGAUGAGCCCCGAAAAAUUGAGAUCACUCUUGAGAUGUUCCGACGAGAAUGGAGAGCGACACCUAAUAUGGUCGAUGGUCGAACCUUAGAUCGUGUUCUAGAUGUUUGUGAUCGACUUUUGAACAACUAUGGGAAUUUGGACAAACUACUUGGAGAUCGAAAUGAAUCUUCAAUUGUAUUUCGGGAAAAAGGUAAAUACCUUCAAUCGGACGUCACAGGAACACCUUAUCAUGUGACAUUGGUCAAUCUUCUCGACAAACCCUGGACACAGACACAAAAGUGGCCAAGGUUCUGGAGAGAUUUACCUGAGUGGGCAGGAAAUUUAGACCAAUGUUUCAAGUUCAUCAGCAGUGAUAAUAAUGAAGCUCGAAAUGACCAAUCACCCUUUAAGGAAAUCAGAUUAGUGGACAAACGAACGAUGUGGAAUCUUAAUCAUGUUUGCGAUUUAAUAACUUUGGUCAAAUGGGACUGGUUUUCGUCUCAAAAUGAUCGAGAUGUAAGAUUAAGAAUCGAUCGGACACAUUAGGCCAUCAACGGAACACGAAAAAAAAAUAAUAAACACAAUUAACUCUCAUACACGCGAAAUUGUAACACAAAAGUGAACCAACAAUUAAAGACACAAAUUUAGUCAAUACAAA